AUGGCCACCGUCGAGGUUGCCCCUGUCGAGCUAGCGCCCAUUGCAGCGCAUCUUGACCAAGAAAACCAACCCUCAGCCCUUCCCUCGCGACGCACAUCCCAUUAUAUGCCCAUCGCCGUCAGCUGCACAACCUCUCCCACAACAACCCCUUCGGGGACCACUUCAGCAACCACCAGCCCAGCCGAAGACGCGCCCUUGGUGCCCAACGAUCCUAGAAGCAACGCCGUGCCAUCUGGCCCGCGGCCGCCUUGCGCGGAGGACGGCCAUCAGCACCAUCAUCACCGAAGAAGAUCGCGCAGAAUCAUGUCGCGCUUUCACCAGCUCAUGAUUGGGCAGGAGAGAGGGUCGCUCUACUGGUACAUGAGCCUGCUGGCUAUGUCGGCCGGCAUGGUGCUGACCAUGUCUGGAGUGUUUGGGUGGCCGCCGCUGCCUAUUUGGCAGUAUCUGAGCGGGAGGGCGAGUUGA